UCCACAUCCGAUUCCGAUUUAUUCUUUGACAAUAAUAAGUGAAGUGUCAAGUGGUGGGUAAAUUAUCGGAAUAAUUGUUUUUUAUUUAACUAAAAGAGAGUUUCAAUUCGUAGGUAAUUAUUAUGGUAUCGCCGUCUGUCGCAAUGGAGCCAGACAAUUGUGCCGGUCAUGCUUUAAGUGAUUUUCUCAUGCAACUGGAAAACUAUAAUUCUUCAAUACCAGAAUUUGUUGUUGCAUAUUAUUUGAAUGCAUCUGGAUUUGAAUCACAAGAUCAAAGAUUAAUAAGAUUGAUUGCACUGGCAGCUCAGAAAUACCUAUCGGAUAUAGCUAAUGAUGCUCUCCAGCACUGCAAGAUGCGUACCAACAGUCAGGUCGCACAGAGCUCUAAGAACCAGAAGGGACCCAAAGAGAAGAAGUAUGUAAUGACCAUGGACGACCUGGUGCCUGCGCUACAAGAAUACGGCAUUACAGCUAAGAAGCCACAUUAUUUCGUUUAAUUAUCUGUGUUGUCGCACAUCAUAGUGUGAAUUCAAUAAGUUAUACAGUAGGAUCUCUAUAUUUUGAAUUACCUUAAGACAUAAAAACACAAAAACAUAAAUAUGUUUUAUAUAGACCUUAGUAAACCACAGUUAUCUGAUUUGAACCUUGUUUUAGAUUUAAUUUAGAUAAAUACUAAUUUCUUUCUUAAUUUAGUAAUGUUAAAAAAGAACUGUAGAUUUUUGGGUGUCUAAUGUAUAUUCAUGUUUGAUGCAUCGUAAUUAAAUCUAUUAUUGUUUAAAAUGUUAUGUUCAUGAAUAAUCAAACAUACUUUUGUUUAAAUAGGAGGAUCAAUGUUGUUUCUUUCCCAAGUCACUCUUAACAACUCAUCUAUAAUUUUCAUCUAACUUGAAACUUUGGUUCUGUUGUUAUGCAAAAUUAAUUUAACUAAUAUUAUAAAUGCGAAAGUUUAGAUGGAUGGAUGUUUGUUAGAGUUUGUAGCCUAAAUG